CAAUAUUUCAUGAAGAUAGCGGUGAUGGAGAUAGUAGUUCGAUGGAAAAUCAUGAAUCGUGUUCGGAAAAAGGGAUGGAUGCAAGCAGGGAUAGCAGUCCAGUGAGUGGUGAUUUAUCUUCUCCUGCUGCUUCUGAAUCAAAAGUGCCUGAGGUGUCUGCUGGAAACUCAAGAAAUGUUUUAGCCGAGUGCGAAGUUUCUGCUCCAGGUGGUGCUGCUUCAAUGAAAGCGGGUCACCCGGCAUUCCUCUCCGAAUUUUACGGCCAUUCGAGGCUCCACCACAUAUCUACCGCAGGGCAAGAGUUGAAACGCUACGUCCAGUCUCUCGCAGAAAGCAACGCAGAAAGGAUUUUCCCAGCCAGAGAGAAGUUGAAAGUGCAGGCUCGGACCUCAGAAAAUUUUGAGUUUGGCGGCGACAGUCCACUGGAAAAUAUGCGAGUGGUGAUGCAUUUGGACAUGGAUUGUUUCUUCGUCUCUGUGGGCUUGAGGAAUCAUCCGGAGCUACGAGGUCAACCUAUUGCUGUUACCCAUUCCAAAGGCAAGAGGAAUGGCAUCCAGGAUGGAAGCGAUCCCCUCUUCGAAGCCAACCACUAUGCCAACGAAUCGAAGAAGAAACUCGGAGGCGUUUUCCAUGUCGAGGAAGAUAGCAUUAUGUCUGCCGUUGAUCCUCCGAAAAUCUCCAAAUACUCGAAAGAGUUCGGCUCUCUCUCGGAAAUAGCCAGCUGCAGCUACGAGGCUCGUGAGGCGGGAAUUCGUAACGGCAUGUUCUUGGGAGAAGCGAUGAGGCGUUGUCCAAACUUGAAGACGAUACCUUAUGACUUCGAAGGAUACUCGGAAGUCUCCAAACAGUUGUAUGACAUUGUUGCGAGCUAUACUUUAGACGUUGAAGCUGUAAGCUGUGAUGAACUGUACAUAGAGUGUACGGAACUGUUAAAAGAUACAGGAAUUGCGCCAUUGCUCUUUGCUUCUAUUCUUAGAUCCGAGAUCAAGCAGAAGACGGGAUGCACUGCAUCGGCAGGCUUGGGUAGUAACAUGCUGCUGGCUCGUCUUGGCAAUAGGCGUGCAAAACCUAACGGGCAGUAUUUUGUUCAGGAGGAGGAAGUGGAGGACUUUAUGAAGGAACAAAAAGUUAGAGAUUUACCAGGUGUGGGUUACACAACUUCCAAGAGGUUAGAGCAGGCUGGCGUUUCCACUUGUGGAGAUUUGCAGAGUUGGCCCCUUUCGAGGUUGCAGAAAGAAUUUGGCCCCAAGACCGGAUCCGGUCUCUAUGACCGUUGUCGUGGGAAAUGCGACAGGAAAGUGCAGGUGCAGAAAGAGAGGAAGUCUGUUUCUGCAGAAAUCAACUAUGGAAUAAGAUUUGAGGAGGAUGAAGAAGUCUAUAAAUUUAUCAAUGAGUUAGCAGUAGAAGUGCAAAAUCGACUGCAAAAUAUUAAUAGCAAAGGGAAAUCUGUGACGUUAAAACUCAUGAUUCGUAGACCCGAAGCUCCUGUGCAAACCGCUAAGUUCAUGGGGCAUGGUGUUUGCAAUAGCAUUUCCAAGUCCAUCCUUCUGAAAACUGCUACUUCGGAUGCAAGUAUCAUAGGGAAAGAGUGCUGUUCUUUGGUUCGCAUGCUAAAAAUAAAACCUCAAGAUCACCGAGGAAUAGGCAUUCAGAUAAGCAAAUUGGAGUCCAAUCAGAGGGAGGAGAAGAGCUUCAAUGCGCUGGAAAGUUUUCUUUGUAAGGAGAAAAACACAAAUGUUGCUGAUAAUUCAAAUCAGGAAAUAUUCUCUCCGAAGAAACUAAGAGAAGUUGCUGAUGCAUCUCCUCAGGAAAAGAAUAGCAUCAAGGAUUUGUUCUCUAAAAAAGCACCUCCCCAGAAACCGGUGGCAACAUUUGAGGCAAAGAUUACUCUCGAACAGAUCGAUCAAAGUGUGCUUGAUGCUCUUCCAGAGGACAUCAGAAACGAAGUUUUACAAACAUACAGAAUCCCUGAAACUUCUUGGUUCUCGAACCAAUCUACAUCACAGAAGUCAUCAAAGUCGACCGUUAGAACGCAGUCUAAAUCUCGAGUGUUAAAUAAUAAAAAGUCAAAUAAACGACUCCCGUCGACAUCGAGAAUACAGAGCACAAAUAGUAUUGUGUCUGCAUUUAGGAAAGAAGUAGCAACCGUUGAAGAGCCUCCUCGCAAGAAAAAGAAAGCCACAUUAGGAGGUGUCGAAGACAUCAAUGAUAUCAGAAACCUCAUCAAAGAAUGGAUGCAAAAUAGUGAAGGGAUAUUGGAAGAGGAUGUUGAGCAAUUCAAAAAUUAUUUGUUAGACAUAGUUGAAGAGGAUCUAGAAAAGUUGAAUCUAAUUUUGAAAUAUUUUUACAGGUUGUGCAGCGCAGCAGAGAAAAAAUGGCAGGAAGUGUAUUUGAAGUGCCUUGCUUAUGUGCAAAAGAAAAUGCUUCAAAGUUAUGGAUCGAUGCUUGAAGCAAAGACUCAAUUCUAAUAUACUUCAUAUUGUUUAUAAAUCUAGUCUGAAACAAAGUAUUUUU